AUGGGCGCAGGCCCUGGUACAGCCGAUGGUGGCAGAAGUCCUCUCUCGUCCGGCAAGACCGUCAUCUGCUCAGUGCGUCAGCAAAGCGCCAGGGACCUGUGGGUGUUCCUUCCCGAAGGCAUCUGCAGCGUAUUCGUUGCCCUGGGCAUCACGCACCCCGAUGGCAGCGUGCAGCAAGGCAACGCCUUGAGCGUGGAGCGGCUGCGGGCGGUGGACAAGGUGAAAGCGCUCGUGUCCGUCGACUACGCCGUGCUCAUAUCCAACACGGAGAGGUUCAAGAACAGCCUGAACGACUUCAUGCGCAACGUGCCUUCGAACUUCGCGCGCAAGUUCGACGGCAUCGAGGUGCGCGGCGUGCCGAUCGACGAAUACUUGGUCGACAGCAAGAUGAGCGCGCUCAACAACGCCAUCGGCACGGUGAAGUCGACCGUGAUACAGGCGACGCGCGUGGUCGUCACGGUCGCCAUACCACUCAGUUGGCAGGCCCCCGGCGGAAGGUUCGCCAAGUCCAGCGCUCUCACGUAA